AGUAUUACCUCCUGUAAAAGAAACUUACUCUAUGAUGGAGUUUCUGGUUGUUGUGACAGGUGACAGACAAUACAGCUGCACAAUCUGCUCCAAAAAGUUCGUUCAAAAGGCGCAGCUUUCCACGCACUUGCGGCGACACAAGGGCUCCAAAGACUUCCUUUGUCAGGACUGCGGGAAAGGGUUCCCCGUGAAGUCCGACCUGGUGGUACACCAGCGCAUACACAGCGGAGACAAGCCCUACGGCUGCCACAUGUGCGAGAAGGCGUUCACCACGUCCGGCAACCUGCGGAUGCACGUUCGGAUGCACAACCAGGAGCGGAAGUUCAAGUGCCCGGAGUGCGAGCGCAGCUUCGUGACCACCAGCUCGUUCAACGUGCACAUGAAGCGGCACCGCGGCCAGCGCGACCACCGCUGCGAGUGCGGCAAGGCGUUCUACACGACGUCGGCGCUCAAGCAGCACUCCGUCGUGCACAGCGGCCUCAAGCGCUACCAGUGCAAGCUGUGCGAGCGCCGCUUCGGCCAGCCCGGCCACCUCACGCGCCACUUCCGGCGCGACCACGCCGCGCCCGACGCGCCGCUGCCGCCGCCGGCGCACUUCCGGCGCGUGCUGCCCGACGAGCCGCCCCGCCCGCCCCGCGCGCCCCGGCCCCGCCCCGCCGCCCCCAAGAGCGAGCGCCUCUAG